AUGGCGAAGAAGUACGGUGUCAAGUGCGAGAUCCGUAACCCUACCCAGGCACUGCGGGAGAGCCUCCCGAUUUGGUACCAUGUCGGGAGAGCUGAUGUACGAGGAAUGGAGAACUCUACGGGGUGCCGCUGCCUUCGAGACAACCACCAAGUCCGCACGGUCGGCCAAUGCCGGCGAGUGGCUGGGCGCUUAUCUGAUGCUGAGUCAGCGCACGUGGCAAGGGCGACUUGUGAUUGCGCUGAUUGCGUGCAUGACCGCACUCUUCUUGCCUGUACCAACCCACAUCGCUGCGCAGUAGCUGCUGCUCGAAUCCUGGGCCGCCUAGGAGCGAAAUGGAACCCGGACCGACCUGCGAACAUGGACGGCUUGUCGCUCACGAAGAACAGAAAGCGCGGAAAUGUCUCAGCGCGCAUCGACAACGACCGUAUCCUCUUCGAUCCGACGCUGUCCACCUGCCUCCCGAUUGCUGAAUCCUUCCGUAUCUUUGUCCCGAGCGCAUCCCGUGACGAACGCCCUGCCCUCCGGCUGAGGUGCCCCUAUCAGGUGCCUGGCGAGGACGUCGAAGUCUUUAUGGACGGCUCGGCCCAUGGUAAUGGAUCUGCCACCACACGCGCUGGCUCGGGGGUCUGGUUUGGCGACAAUGACGCCCGCAAUGAAGGCGUCAGGGUCCCGCUGGAUGAGCAGACGAAUCAAGUUGCUGAGAUCUACGCUGUGACCGUGGCGCACCGCAAGGUGCCCCCAUUUGUGCCCCUGCACGUCGUAAGUGAU